GAGAACAUGCAAACUCCACACAGAAAGGCCCUCGCCGGCCAUGGGGCUCGAACCCGGACCUUCUUGCUGUGAGGCGACAGCGCUAACCACUACACCACCGUGCCGCCAUGUGGAUCUGAGUAACACAUUUAAAUAAUAUUGGCUGGCUUUGAGUGGGAUAUCAGAAAGAGUCGAAGAUGAGGUAUAUCUGAUAUACCACGCAAAAAAAACUAGCCAAUAUUAUUAUUAUUAUUAUUGUACAUAUACACGCAUUUCUUUCGGGUGUUCAACGCGUCUUUCUCUUUCAAAAUUCUCUCAAAAUCUUUCAUAUUUAACGAAGCAAACCUGGCGGCCAUGUUUGUUUACAAAUCGUCACAGUCGCUCACUCGCUAGCGUGAAAGUUUUACAUCUCUGAAAUGUGACAAUAUGUUGUCUUAACAACCAUGCAAUAUCAAACCAUAUUCAAUGCUCAUUCUCCAUUGGGUAGAGUGAUGUAAGACAUGUAGGAUAAGUGAUAUGUUAACAGUAUUGCAUGCUAUCAAACCAAAUGAAUGAAACCCGCUAAAAGGGAAUAGAACACGUUUUUAUUCCAUCGAAAAAGUGUCCUGUAUGUAUAAUAAUUCCUGAUAUUUCACUCCAAUGACAUCACUCCCAGUGUUUUCCCACUGACUAGGCGCGCGCUGUCAAAAUGGUGAACCGGUUCAAAAUUAAAAUUCUUUUGAUUAACAUGCAUAUUUUUUUGUGGAUGUGUCCAUAUACUAUAAAGAACAUUACAUGGUGGUGUGAAGAUAUGACGUUUAUCUUCUCGUGUUGAAAAUAUUUGCACCACUUGAAAAUAAACUUCAUAUCUUCCCGCAACCAUGUAAUAUCCUCUAUAUAACAUGCCGUGAUCAUUUAUACGACAAGCUUCCUGAAAAGUAUUGCUGUGUAACUUAAAAUGGAAUGUCAAUGUCUUGAAAAUGUGCUAAGGGGACUGUUUUAUUUUUCCAGUUCUACUUAAUUUCUUGAACUAGCCUUGAUUUCUGGUGUUGAAAUAUCUAGAUAUACUUCAGAUAUGGGUGAGUAUAUUUUGGAAAUUGGUUUACUUCUUGGUCUUAGAUUAAAUCUCAGAGCUCCCAGUGAAGUAAAACAGGAUACUUUGCAACUUAACGCAUAUAAAACUAGAAGGGAACUUGGUAGAGUGCAUACCUCCGCCAAGCCACAUAUUAUCACCAUCAGAAUCAAAUCACUUGAACCUAGGAUAAUAUUAGAGUUGUACACCAAAUUUCAUCCAAACCUGUUCACUACUUUGAGUUAUGUUGGGAACAGAUAAACAGAUCCUGGAUCCAUAUACAAAUCUGGAUUUCCAUCAAAAUCUAAAUCAAUGGUUCCUUGGCCAAUGGCUCACCUUUCCACCAAAUGAAGGUGAAAACAAUCUUCUCCAGCACAAUUGGUGGAGGUUGCAUUAAGACCCACCAUCAGAAAAAUAAAGGCAGAAAUCUGAAAGAAGACUCAAGUACACAAACACAAAAAAAGACAACAAAGAAAGAGAACAAAAAAGAACUUGAGAGGGAUCAGGAGACGAAGAAAUUGGAGCUAUGGACUGGAAGACAUUACAGGGCCUGCUCAGCGGAGUGAGCAAGUACUCAACGGCGUUCGGUCGCAUCUGGCUCUCGGUGGUUUUUGUUUUCCGUGUCCUAGUGUAUGUAGUGGCGGCAGAGCGAGUAUGGGGCGACGAGCAGAAGGACUUCGACUGUAACACCAAGCAGCCAGGCUGCCCCAACGUAUGCUAUGACCACUUCUUCCCCAUCUCACACAUUCGUCUGUGGGCGCUGCAGCUCAUUUUUGUCACGUGCCCAUCACUCCUUGUGGUCAUGCAUGUCAAGUAUCGGGAUGAACGGGAACGCAAGUACCGUGCCAAACAUGGUGCCAGUGCCAAGCUCUACGAUGACACAGGCAAGAAGCAUGGUGGCCUCUGGUGGACCUACCUAAUCAGUCUCUUUGCCAAGACAGGUAUUGAGGUUGCCUUUCUCUACAUCCUCCACCAUAUCUACAAUAGCUUUUACCUGCCGCGUGUUGUCAAGUGCGAAGGCUUCCCAUGCCCCAACGUGGUGGACUGUUACAUUGGCCGGCCCACUGAAAAGAAGAUGUUCACCUACUUCAUGGUGGGUGCCUCAGCCAUCUGCAUCGUCCUCAACAUCUGUGAGAUCAUUUAUCUUCUGGCCAAGCGCAUCUCAAGCUGUGUCAAGAAGAUGAAGAAUCGUCGGGAGCGAGCUGUGCCUCUGUACAAACCUCCAUGUCGGGACCAGGAUAGCAACUGCACGCUGCCCAUGCAAGACCUGGAGCAGAAACUAAAGUACACUCCCAAGGCCAGGCUGGGUGUCCCACCUUUAGAUUACAAGACAAGUGUUUUCAUGAGGGCUUCAGCUCCCAACCUUAGUGUUGCCUAACUUGGAGAUCCACUCCUCUAUAGACCGACUACUCAAGAGCGAGAGAGCAAGAUUUUCCAUGCACUCUGAGCACAAGAACAAAAUUAAAUCCAAGCUUUCACCUGUGGUCCACAAGCUUGUGGAGCAUUUGCAGUGGAAUCCCUCAAACCAUACCUUGCUCUAAAACAGGGAUUAACUUGUUCUUAGUGAGAGAUGGAAGUAAAUACAGACUUUGCCCAGGCUCAGAACCAUUUUCAAGUCUCAGACUUCUUUUCCUUGCUUUCCAUCUUCCAUUGAACCUUAAAAGAGCUGUCUGAUGACAGAAUAAUCUCUGGAAGCACUUUAUAAGAAGAUCUACAGCUCAGAUCAAAUCCCAGCAGUCCGGCUGCCCCAAGUAUUUUGGGUUUACUUUUGAAACACAGAUGAACAGGGAGUUCCAAAUGAUUUCCAUAGAUUUAUUUGGUAACUGAAACAUUGAACAACUAGGGGUCAUGCUUUAGUCCGAUUUGAACAAGUGUCUUGAUCCAUAUUGACUCGAAGACAACAAUAGCAAAGCAAACAUAGAGGUUUUAGUGAGUUGGUUCAAAGCUUUUCCAGUUGAAACCUGUUUUUUUUUUCUUUGUCUGGUUCUUUGAAUUGCUGUUGUACAGACAUGUCUUUGUCCUUGUAAGGAAUUCCAGUGCAGCUAUAGACACCUGUCUAUUGUUGUUGUUGUUUUUGUUGUUGCUGGUUUUACCAGUUCUUCUCUUUUCAUUGGAUAUUGACGUGCCUGUCAGCCAUUUAUUUUUACCAACUUUCUGUAUUUUCCUGUUUUUAUAUUCCUUCUUUUCAUUGGCUAUUGAUAUGAUUUGUUCACAAAUAAGUUGCUAACGUAUACAUUACAAGACAAGCUCAUUCAGGAAGCAGGAAGCAAGAAAGAGUGAAGACGAAGGUCAGCAAGAACAGAACAAGCCUUAUUGUGGAUCAAAAGAAAAGAGAAGUCUUGUAAAACUUGGCUGAAAGGACAAGAACGUCCACAUUUCUUAGCAGCAGUACGCCAUGGCAAACAGGGAGGAUUCUGCUACAUUCCACUGCAUUAUUACACACCAGUCGACGCCUCUGGACUCUUGAUUGUGAUUUGAAUGAGUUUCAUGGUGUUACAGGUGUGAAUCAGGGUGAAAUGCUGAGACUUUUUUUUCCACAGCUCAGUAGAACGUUCCUUAUUACGUUCCUUAUUCCUAUAAGGAAACCACUGUCAUGUAAUAUAUAUAUAAUAUACAUAAUAUACACGUUUACAGACUGAUGAACAGCCUGCUAAAGAGAAUGUUAAUGUUUUUCAAGGUCUCUUAUGGAAUAUUUUCUUAUUGUCCAAAAGUUCCGACCUGCCAAUGAGCAGAGAGUAGUUUUAGUAUACUUGAAAAAAGACUUCAUGGCUAAUGAAUAAGCAAAGAACUUUCCAGAGACAAAUAAUAUGAGACACUGAGACAGAGCUAUUAAGCAAAUGUGGGAAAUAAUAAUAAUAAUAAUAAUAGGAGGAGGAAGAACAAUAAUAAUAAUAAUAAUAAUAAUAAUAAUGACUAUUUAUAGAGCACUUAUUAUGCAAAUAUUAACUAAAAAAUACUUCAUAUCAAAAGAACACCACAGAGGAAGAACAUCAAAAAACAACAAACAUAAAAAUAAAGAAGGUAAUGAAAUAAAAGUUACAUCACUAAUACAGCAGGAACUGCACCAAAAAUUAUUGUAGGUACGAUCAUUUUUACGAUUUGUGAGCUGUUUACUAAUGGGAAAUUGAACUCAGGGUAUUUCUCUGACUGUUUUCCAGAACAAUCUUCACAUCAUUCCAGAGUUUUUUUUUUUUACAUUCCAGACUUGCCAUGGAAAAGGUAUGAAACCCAAGAAGAUUUCAGAAGAUCCAUAUCAAAGAAAGAAAGAAAAGAAAAAAAACAGGUCAAUGCAGCACUCAUGUCAAAGUGCUGUGUAUUCGCUCGAACAAACAGAUUUCUGCUUCUUUUCCAGUGUUAGGUUUAUUCAAGCGGAUUUGUUUGCAUUUCGCCAAGACGUGAGUAAGACAUCUGUGUGUCAGUGCCGUGUUGAGUCAGACUGACGGACAGGAUGUGGAAUGUGAGAGUUGACUUAAAAGCAAAUUGAACCUCAAAUGAACGGAAAACUGCUUCUGCCUCAGACCUUUAAUUAUGGAAAAAUACGGUAGAGCGUGUUUCUCACUGUGGCCACAUCAAGAGUUGUUUUGAACGUUUGGUGUCUAUAUGUAUAUAAAAAGUAUGUUUUAUGAAGAAACUUCAUAUUUAUGUUUUGUCCUUGGUCAAUAAAAAUGGAAAUGAAGAA